CCGACAAGGAAGCAAAGGGCAGAGGACCAGCCUCUGCAGAUAGUCUGGUACCGGGCAGCAACAGCUGAAGACUCAGGACCCUGAGCAAAACCGACUGCUGGAAACUGUGGGGGACACAAGAUACUCCAACCAGCUCACCAGGAACAAUGGGAAACCAGAUGAGCGUCCCACUAAGACCUGGAGACCAGGAGCAUAACCCGGAAACAGACACUUACAAGGUGACGUCGGAAAACGAGUGUGUUCAGAACGGCAUCCCGGUGGUGGUGUCCACUCGUGUGAUUCAACACUAUGAGGAAGUCGAUUUGGGAAUCAACAGCUUGAAGGAUAAUGUGCCCGCUUCUUCCCCCGAGACAAUGGAGGCUCACGCUGUGGCUGAUGCCAGCGGAAAGAAUCUUGGGAAAGGAUUCAAGCCCAAAGCACCAGCUGCUAGGUCCCAUUUUUUCUUGACACUCUCUCGGCCUGUACCAGGACGUCCCGGGGACCAAGGCACGGAUUCAUCGGCUGCAUCGGGGAGGCUUGAUGUCAGCCCAGGCACGGCGCCUGAGAACAAAGACCCGAGUGAGCACGGGGCACUUCCGGUGGCAGCUGCACCAGGGCUGGCUCCAGAUAAAACCCCAGGGUGCACUGAGGCCAAGCAGCAGACCCUCCCUGCCACCAGCCCACUGGCACCUUCACCACCUGAGUCCCAGGCAGAAGCCCCGUCCAGGCCCAAGGAUUUCAGCUUUUUGAACAGACUCUUUAAACUGGACAAGGGAAGAGAAAGCGCGCCGGUUGACAGCCCGCCUGAAGAAGGGAAAGGGUCCAAAGGCCAAGAACGGGCCAUAGAGGCGCCUGCUGUACCAGGGAAUCCUCAUGGUGUCUCUGCAGGGAAGGACAUAGUCGACAGCGAGGAGAGAAAGCAAGAAGUUGACACUCUGAGUUACUCUGUCCCUGCGGAUCCAGAGGUGCUGGGGACCACGAAGGAGGACCCCCAGGUGGUAGACACCACAGAGAAUAGUAGUUCCAUCAUGAGCUUCUUCAAGACACUAGUUUCGCCUAACAAAAGUGAAACAAAGAAGGACCCAGAAGACACGAAGGCAACCAAGGCAGACAGUGUCUGCGAUGGACACGCUGGCCAGAAGAUGUCGGAGACGCAGGCUAAAAGCAAGAAGAAACGCCUGGACAGCCCCAGGCUAGGACUCUCCAUUAGAAAAUUCUUUAGGCACAAGGACACCGAGAAUUCACCCACUACUCCAGCCAAUCUCAAGUCGGACAAAGCCGACCUCACCCCCCAGGAGACCCAAGGGACAGCCAAGAGUUCCAAGGGCAGCAGUCAGCCAGGCCAGGCGCCAUCUGCUGGAACCAGCGACACAGCAAGAGGUGGUGGCAAGGAGAAGGCGGGGCCCACCUCGUUACCGCUGGGAAAGCUGUUUUGGAAGAAGUCAGUUAAGGAGGAUUCACUUUCCACAGGCACAGAGGAGAACGCGGUGUGUGAGUCACCAGUAGAGACUGUAAGGCUUGAGGAAGUAGAAUCCACCUUACAAACCGUGGAUCUCACUGAGAAAGAAACCCAGACUGAGCCCACAGACGUGAAAGUCAAAGAAGAAAGCAAACCCCGGAGGACCCCUCUGAUGGCGUUUCUCAGACAAAUGUCAGUGAGAGGGAGCGAAGGGAUCACCCGCUCGGAAGAAAGUAACGGGAAAGACUCCAGCUGCCAAACAUCAAACUCCACGGAGAAGACGCCCUCACCCCCAGAGCCGGAGCCCGCGGGGACAGCCCAGAAAAACAAGGAGACCCCCUCGAAGGACAAGAAGACGGUGGACAAGAAGUCAGCGGCUGAGAGCAACAAGCAGAAGAACGGCAAACCGGAAGCCAGAGAACCAACUCCGUGUGUGCAGCAGCCCACGGUGGAGGCGAACGCGCUGCAGACUGGGGACAAGACCCCAAAGAGGUCUGAGAAGCGGCGACAGUCCCUCGGGGGCUUUCUGAAGGGCCUGGGACCAAAGCGGAUGUUGGAUGCUCAGGUGCAAACGGACCCCGUAUCCAUCGGACCAGUUGGAAAAUCCAAGUAAACAAAUCACCCAGCUCCCACCAGGUUCUCCUCCCAUUCCAUCUCCUGUCUAGACCCACACCGUGUAUAUAUAUUUUUUUUUCUUCUGGCCAGCCAAUGAAAUUCUGCCUGAAUUGUUGUAGAUCAAGGUGUAUUAUUUAUGACUCUGGUCCAGUCUUUCCUGGCAUAUAAGUGUAUAAAUGGGUUAGCAGGUUAACCAGUUGAUCCAGGGGAGCUGGUGAGUGCCAGGGUGGGAGGAAGUAAGUAGAUAAAGGCAUUUGUGUUAAGUUAUGGAAAAAAAAAAUGGCAGGUAUCCAGUAAGGUGCAGAAGAAAAGUGCUUAGGAGAAAAAGAAUAUCCGGCUCUGUAGCCGGUGUUGCUGUUCGCUCUGAACCUGAGGAGGGGAAGGGAAGACUGGCUUACUUCAUUUCACACUUGGGGGCAGGAGGACUCAAGGCAGGCUCUGCGUUGGGCACCUGCCAGCUUUUGGAAUGGAAUGUGCGGGCUAUAAAAGAACUGGUUUUCAAAUAGGGUCCUUGAAAGUUAUCGGUGACGGGGAAGUGAUUUGCUGGAGAGGGCUCGCAGUGAUUUGGGGGAACAAUUACUUCUGAGGCACAGGGAUGAAUUACCAACUUCAAAAGAAAAAGAAAAAAAAAACCCGGCAAAAUGAAAGUUGCAGGUUCGUUUUUCGACACAAGGGGGCGCCAAGACCUCCGCUUUCCCCUUUGCAUCCGGUACCCCUAACAAAGAUUUGUUUCUGUAAUAUUUCGUUAUUAAUGUUUCUCAGAUGGCUGAGGGACUUGCUUCAUCUGUUCCGUCUGACGCUUAUCUCACGCCUGUCUGUAAUAUCCUAAUGUUUUCAUAAUGUGCUCUGAUAAAAACCCUCCCCUAACCCAGUUAAUAAAAAUUGACAGAUUAUGCGAAUA